CAGGAGACCGCCGACAGGCGACAGUGUGGAUUGUAGUCACUAGUCUGUACUCUGUAGUGUAAUAAACUGUAAAACCGUUUAGACGUGUUUGUAACACUGUAGCUGCGUUAAGUUUAGAUAGUUAUAUUUUAUUUUUAGUUAUCAUUUCUUAUUAGCAAGGGGCUUCUGAAUUUUGAUACAUUUAUUCAAGUUCACUAAUAGAUAAGAAUUUAUUACAAUCUAAUAUGCCUUUAAACGGUGUCGUCUAAAAUAAUACCUAAGAGGUACUGCUACUUCAGUACCUGUGCAACUAUUUGCUCCGAUAAACAGUUUGGACUUUCAUCUCUUCGCACAUCGAAGUUAGGUGAAGAUGGCGGAAGCACACUCGGCUGUAGCAUUCUCCUUUGCCAUUACUCAUGAUGGUUGGGAUGUGAACUUUGACCGUGAAGUGCUGUAUCUGGUCUGGGAGUCUGGAUUGCGCUCCUGGAACAAGCGUCUAGCUCGGUUUAGAAACAGCAUUCAUAACGGCGUGUACCCUGGCCAUCUCCAGUCGUUGUACUUCUUAUGGACGGUACUAGCGGCUGCUCAUUUCGCCGGGUUCCAUGUACCCUUCGGUCUCGUUCACAAAGUGCUCGUCGUGCUACCCGGGGAGUCCGCACCGUGGCAGGUGGUGGCGUGUCUUCUGGCCGCUCUGUCCAUGUGGCUCUCCGUCAUCUUCCUUAUGCGCUACCUGCUCAAGCUGCUUCUCAUGUACAAGGGCUGGAUGUACGAGUCCCGUGCUCCGGGGUCCCGCGUGUCCCUCCGGACCGCGCUGUGGGCCAGUGUGGUGCGCGUGCUCUCAGGCUGGAAUAAGCCGCGGCUGUACAGCUUCCAGGGCUCUCUGCCUCGGCUCCCUCUGCCGGCCGUCCGAGACACCACCCGCCGCUACCUGGCCAGCGUGCGCCCUCUCCUCGAUGACGAGGACUACGACCGCGUGCGCGCUCUGGCUGCCGACUUUGAGCGCACCGUCGCCGUCAAGCUGCAGUGGUACCUCGUGCUCAAGUCGUGGUGGUCCAGCAACUACGUGUCUGACUGGUGGGAGGAGUAUGUAUAUCUCCGCGGCCGGUCACCUCUCAUGGUGAACUCUAACUUCUACGGCACGGACACCCUGCUGCGCCCCACGGCCGUGCAGGCGGCGCGCGCUGCUACCAUCAUUCAUUACUGUCUCCGUUUCAGAAGACUGAUCGAACGCCAGGAGCUUGAACCUAUAAUGUUACAAGGCAUGGUUCCGCUGUGCUCGUGGCAGUACGAGCGUCUAUUCAACACGGUGCGCGUGCCGGGGCUCGAGUCGGACCGCAUCGUCCACUACCGGGACUCCACGCACGUGAGCAUCCAUCACCGCGGCAAAUAUUACAAGAUGAUGGUGUACUCGCGCGGGAGACUGCUCAACCCUGCCGAGAUACAACUACAGCUCCAACAAAUCUUAGCGGAUGCAACUCCUUGCGCGGAGGGUGAGGCGCGUCUGGCGGCCCUCACGGCGGGCGAGCGCUCGCACUGGGCUCAGGUCCGACAGUCUUUGUUCCAACGAGGACACAACAGGACCUCCUUACACGCCAUCGAACGAGCCGCCUUCCACGUCUCACUGGAUGACAUCGAGUACGGCUUCGACGAGAGCGACCAGUCGAAGCUGGAUCAGUACGGACACAUCCUGUUACACGGAAACGGUAGCGACCGCUGGUUCGACAAGUCCUUCAACCUCUGUUUCAGCACCAACGGUUCAGUCGGCUUCAACACGGAACACACCUGGGCCGACGCUCCCGUCAUGGGUCACCUGUGGGAGUACGUGUUGUGGUCGGAGCUGCAGCUGGGCUACUCGGAGGCCGGCGACGCGCUCGGACCGGUGUCGUCUCCGCCGCCGGCGCCGGUGCGUCUCCAGUGGGAGUUGUCCCCGGCCCUGCUCGCCGCCGUCGACGUCUCCUACAAGCUCGCCCGGGACUUGUUACAGGACGUCGACCUGCGGAUCCUCAUGUACACUGACUACGGCAAGGGUUUCAUGAAGAAGUGUCGCGUGUCGCCCGACGCCUUCAUCCAGAUGGUGCUGCAGCUGACGUACUUCCGCACGGCGGGUCGUUUCUGCCUCACCUACGAGGCGUCCAUGACUCGUCUGUACCGCGAGGGCCGCACGGAGACCGUCCGCUCCUGCACCAAUGAGAGCUGUGCCUGGGCCCGCUCCAUGGCUGAUCCCGACUGCUCGAUCCAGCAGCGCAUGGAGCUGUUCCUGAAGGCCGCUCAGCGUCACCAGCUCGGCUACCAGGACGCGAUGGCCGGCCGCGGCAUAGACCGACACCUGUUCUGUCUCUACAUCGUCUCCAAGUACCUGGAGCUGGAGUCGCCCUUCCUCCAGGAGGUGUUCAAUGAACCCUGGCGCCUCUCCACCAGUCAGACUCCGCACGGACAAACAAACCUGCUGGACUUGAAGAAGUAUCCCAAGUGUGUGAGCGCCGGCGGCGGGUUCGGGCCCGUGGCGGACGACGGGUACGGCGUGUCCUACAUCAUCGCCGGCGAAGACACGCUGUUCUUCCACGUGUCCAGCAAGAAGAGUUGCCCCCUCACCAGCUCCUCGAAAUUCGUGUCGCAAAUUAAAAACUCCUUAAAAGACAUUCACGACCUCUACGUCGAAUACAACAAACUACAGAAUGGACUUAAGAAGAGUAAAUAACGGUUUUAUGUUUAGUGCCUUAGAUAAGUAUUGUGCAGUUUUACUUUACAACGCGAGUUAUCAAUGCAAUGCCGCUUUAAAUAGGUUUCUUCUAGUUGUUUGCUGUAUAUUUUUUUCAUCGUAUUGUUUGUACUCGAAUAGAUUAAGAGUUUAUAUCGUGCGAACAUUUAUGUUGCUUCUAGAAAGUCGACUCUAAAGCUUGUUGAUAUUGUUCAUAUUUGAGACGUAAGUUUACGAUCACUCAUACGAAACGGUACACACACACGCGCGCGCGUUCAUUCAUUCAUACAUAACAACACAUAGCGGUAUUAAUAGACUUACACACAAGUGAUUUACAACUUGUAUAGAGUUGUAUAUUUUUGAUAUGUUUUAUUCAUGUAUGUGAAGACACACACUCACACACACGCAUCACAGACGCAUCGCCAGUGUACCGCGGUGGUCGAAGCUGAACAAAGCGUCUCCGGGUCGGUGUAUUGCUUUUAAAAUGCAUUUCGUGUGUUUUUUAAUUAAUCUUUAUAUUUGUAGAACCUGUCGGCUGGCGAUGUAACGUCUUAUCACUAGCCUGAGACUCGUCAAUGUGUCUCUUGCGGACUAUAAUAAUGUUUUGUAUAUAUUUAUUUAUAUAUGUAUGUCUGUCUGUCCUACUAUAAGUUGUUAGCGCGGCACUUCCCGGCAGCUAGCGGCGUUCGGUGUUUUUUUUUACUCAUUAUUUGUUAAAUGUUAUGUAAAUCGUGCUGCGACUAUUUUUGUAAAGAUUUUUAUCAAGUUUCAAUAUAUUAGAUGAUAUUGUUAUUAUUAAUGUACAAAUACAACGGUUCAGUGUGGCCUUACUGUGGCCUUACCGCGGCCCUACCGCGUUCCAACCGUGGCCUUAUAUGAAACACAUGAUCGAGUAUAUCCUGCGAGGAGACGAGUUAAAGUUACAAUUAUUGAUUAUUAAAUGAAUUUGUUACUUACACUUUAUAAAGUUUUACUGUAAAUAAAUCGAAAAUCAUUUUAUUAAAACAAUCCUACAUUA